GGCAAAGGGUGGCCAUUUUGGAGUCCGUCCGGCGGCUGGUUUCCCCGGCGGCGUAUGUCAGCCUGCUGCCGGGACCAAAACUGGCUCCGCGGGUGUCUGGCCUGUGGGCGGCUGGACCGACACGAUGUGGCGGCUCCGCUGCAAGGCCAAGGAUGGCACCCAUGUCUUGCAGGGGUUGUGCAGCCGGACCCGGGUGCGGGAACUCCAGGGCCAAAUUGCCGCCAUCACCGGGAUUGCUCCCGGCUCUCAGCGAAUCCUCGUCGGAUACCCGCCCGAGUGCCUGGAUCUCAACAACGAGGAUACAGUUCUGGGGGAUUUGCCCAUCCAGUCAGGCCCGGCUGGGGACAUUCUCCGCUUCCCUUGGCUUCCCCUCUGGAAGCCCCUUUUGCCGCCCCUGCACCUUGCUUCAGGUGAUGCCCGAGAGGGAGCUGUGGCCAGCGGGGCCUGGCUCGGAACCCGUGACCCGCGUUGGCAGCUGCGACAGCAUGAUGAGCGUCACUUCCACCCGCUCGGGAUCUAGUGAAAGCAGCUACGACUUCCUGUCCGCUGAAGAGAAAGAGUGUCUGCUCUUCCUGGAGGAAACCAUUGGCUCCUUGGACACUGAGGCUGACAGCGGACUGUCCACUGACGAGUCUGAGCAAGCCACAACACCCCGAGGUCCCCGAGCACUGCCCCCAACCCAGCCCGCCCCCCAGGGACACCCGGAAAAGACGACUGUUCCGCGAGGCCCAGAGCCAAGGAGAGGGACUCCGUCCAGCUUGUCUCAUCCACCCGCGCCCCAGAGCCUGGGCUCCAAGUCUGGCUCCUACAGCCUCCCCAGAAAUAUCCACAUCGGCAGAAACCAGAACCUCUGGAAAAGCACCACCCAGACUAACAGCCACCUCCCUGGGGCACCCAAGGGGCUGGUCCUAGGGCCUGAGAAAGAGCAGGUCAGCCAGAGCAGAGAGCCCAGCCAGGCGCCCGCCGUCCCCCAGGACGCUGCCCUUGAUCUGGACGUGGCGCUCAUCCCCCCCCCAGAGGCUUUCCGGGACACCCGGCCGGAGCAGCCUGGGCAAGGCAGCCUGCCCAAAGGGCCAGGGGAGCAGAGCCACACGCCGCAGCUCCACACCUCACUCAGCCCCCAGAAGAAAAGGGAGGCUGCUUCGGAGGCCAUGUCCCAAAAAGGCCAAUGGUACAGGCCCGACAGGGGCACCCGGCAGCCUCGGCCUCCCUCUGCUGGGUCGUCCCAGAAUUCAAGAGCUGAAGAUGCUCCCGUCCCAUCACGGGGGGAUCCAAAUGCCCAGCUGGCUCCCCUCACAGCCCCUAAGCCCCGGAAGCUGCCGCCAAAUAUCAUUCUGAAGAGCAGCCGAAGCAGUUUCCACAGCGAUCCCCAGAACUGGCUGUCCCGCCACUCUGAGGCCGCCCCCGGAGACGCCAGCCUGGCCCCCACUUCGCUGCAGGAGCAGAGGAAGGCACGCAGGGAAGCGCUGGAGAAGCUGGGGCUGCCGCAGGACCGGGAUGAGCCCAGCCCCCACUUGAGCAGGCCCUCAUUCAGACUGAAGGAGACUCGGGCUCAGGCCCCCUCCCCGGCUGGGCCCGCAGCUCCAGCUCCGGUCUCCGCAGCCGCACCUGCGGCGGGAAAGGCUCCUGCGCCUGCGCCUGCGCCUGCGCAGGGACCUUCGCCGCUGAAAGCCCCGGCUCCGGCUCCGGCUCAGCGGUCUUCUCCCGGCAAGGUUUCCUUUUCUGCCCAGGAACCCACUCCAGGGAAAGCCCCGGCAGUCCAAUCCCUGCCAAUUCCUAUCCCUAAGGCCUCGAGGGCAAAGAGUCCCCCGACGCAGCCAAACCCAGACUCAGGGCUGACCCUCCAGGGGAGCAGCACCCCUGGCCUGAGACAGACGAACUUCAAGUCCAACACGCUGGAGCGGUCGGGCGUGGGGCUGAGCAGCUACCUCUCGGCUGAGAAAGCGCCCAGCCCCCAGAUCAGCGCCUCUCUGGGAAAAGACUCCUUCUUGGACCAGAUGUCACCCCACGUCUUGCGUAAUUCGCGGCCCCGCCCUGCCUCCCUGGGCACCGGGAAGGACUUCGAGGGGAUCCAGGUGGGCAAGCUGGCUGACCUGGAGCAGGAGCAGCACUCCAAACGCCUGUCUUUCCAAGGACAGAGCCGGGACAAGCUGCCUCGGCCCCUCUGUGUCAGCGUCAAGAUCUCGCCAAAAAGCGUAUCCGAUGAACACAGAAGGGAGGCCCUGAAGAAGCUGGGCCUGUUGAAGGAGUAGGGCGCCGGCCACCAGCACCGCACCCACAGCCGCCUUCCCGCACCUCGCUGUUCAAGAAGAGACCCGGGGCUCCACUUAGCCUUCCCGCCUCACAGCUCGGGGGCUGGGCAGGGGUUGGCUUCUCUCCAAUGUCCUCUUCUCUCUGAGGGAGAGAUUGGAGCAUACGUUUAUACUCAGUGGUUGUGCCGAGGAGUGCCUGCACGAAUCAUCCUGAAGAUGGUUUCCACAGGAGGCUGUGUGUGUGUGUGUGUGUGUGUGUGUGUGACAGGCUGUAUAUAUCACAGACGCUAUUUAUAUGACACAGAGGGUCACUGCUCAGAAGUCCGCUCUUGUUGGAAACUUUCUUAUAUUGGGUAGAGUUCAGCCUAGCCAGAACCAAGUGUAGAG